AUGGACAAAUCAAAAUUUAUUAAAUUAAUUACAAGUUUAAUGAUUGGAAUAUUAUUAUUUGAAAGUGUAUCUGCAAUUAAUUGUAAUGGUUGUAAAGUAUAUGCAUUCAAGAGAUACAAUAUGUGUAAAAGAACUCCAGAUGUACCAUAUCCAUGUGAAAAUGAUUUCCCUAUUUAUUAUGAAAAUUGUAUUAGUCAAGGAUGUCACUACCAACCACAUGAAUGGGAUCUUUCAAAUGCUAAAAAUUAUGAUGACAAGGUUUAUGAUCAUCAAUAA